AUGGCAGAAGCUCACCAGGCUGUGGCCUUCCAGUUCACGGUCACCCCCGACGGCAUCGACCUGCGGCUGAGCCAUGAGGCCCUGAAGCAGAUCUAUCUGUCCGGACUUCACUCCUGGAAGAAGAAGUUCAUCAGGUUCAAGAAUGGCAUCAUCACCGGCGUGUACCCGGCCAGUCCCUCCAGUUGGCUCAUCGUCGUGGUGGGCGUGAUGUCCACCAUGUACGCCAAGAUCGACCCCUCGCUGGGGAUCAUCGAGAAGAUCAACCGGACCCUGGGCACCACGGCCAACAUGUCCAGCCAGACGAAGCACGUGGUGAGCGGCGUGCUGUUCGGCACGGGCCUGUGGGUGGCGCUGAUCUUCACCAUGCGGUACUCCCUCAAGGUGCUGCUGUCCUACCACGGCUGGAUGUUCGCCGAGCACGGCAAGAUGAGCCGGGCCACCAAAGUCUGGAUCGGGAUGGUGAAGCUCUUCUCGGGCCGGAAGCCCAUGCUGUACAGCUUCCAGACGUCUCUGCCGCGCCUGCCCGUGCCCGCCGUGAGCGACACCGUGAGCCGGUACCUGGACUCCGUGAAGCCCCUCAUGAAGGAAGCCGACUUCCAGCGGAUGACGGCUCUCGCCGAGGACUUUGCCGUCAGCCUCGGGCCGAAGCUGCAGUGGUACCUGAAGCUGAAAUCCUGGUGGGCCACCAACUACGUGAGCGACUGGUGGGAGGAGUACAUCUACCUGCGCGGACGGGGGCCGCUGAUGGUCAACAGCAACUACUACGCCAUGGAUUUGCUGUACGUGCAGCCCACCCACAUCCAGGCCGCCAGGGCGGGCAACGCCAUCCACGCCAUCCUGCUGUACAGGCGCAAGCUGGACCGGGAGGAGCUCAAACCGAUUCUCCUCCUGGACUCCACGGUGCCGCUCUGCUCCGCGCAGUGGGAGCGGAUGUUCAACACGUCGCGGAUCCCCGGAGAGGAGACGGACACCAUCCAGCACGUCCGGGACAGCAGGCACAUCGUGGUCUUCCACAGGGGCCGCUACUUCAAGGUCUGGCUGUACCACGACGGCCGGCUGCUGCGGCCCCGCGAGCUGGAGCAGCAGAUGCAGCGGAUCCUGGACGACCCGUCGGAGCCGCAGGCCGGGGAGGCCAAGCUGGCGGCCCUCACCGCGGGGGACAGGGUGCCCUGGGCCCGCUGCCGCCAGGCCCACUUUGCGCGCGGGAAGAACAAGCAGUCCCUGGACGCCGUGGAGAAGGCGGCCUUCUUCGUGACGCUGGACGAGGCCGAGCAGGGCUACCGGGAGGAGGACCCCGGCGCCUCCCUGGACAGCUACGCCAAGUCCCUGCUGCACGGCCGCUGCUUCGACAGGUGGUUUGACAAGUCCUUCACGUUCAUUGUCUUCAAGAACGGGAAGAUGGGCAUGAACGCCGAGCACUCCUGGGCCGACGCGCCCAUCGUGGGCCACCUCUGGGAGUACGUCAUAGCCACCGACAGCUUCCAGCUGGGCUACCUGGAGGACGGGCACUGCAAAGGGGACACCAACCCGAACAUCCCGCCCCCCACGCGGCUGCAGUGGGACAUCCCGGAGGAGUGUCAGGAGGUGAUCGAGACGUCCCUGAGCACCGCCAACCUCCUGGCCAACGACGUGGACUUCCACUCCUUUCCCUUCGACACGUUCGGGAAGGGGCUGAUCAAGAAGUCCCGCACCAGCCCGGACGCCUUUGUGCAGCUGGCCCUGCAGCUGGCGCACUACAAGGACAUGGGCAAGUUCUGCCUCACGUACGAGGCGUCCAUGACCCGGCUCUUCCGAGAGGGGCGGACGGAGACCGUGCGGUCCUGCACCGUGGAGUCCUGCGCCUUCGUGCUCGCCAUGACGGACCCCGCCCAGACGAUGGAGCAGAGGCUGCGGUUGUUCAAGAUCGCGUCGGAGAAGCACCAGCACAUGUACCGCCUGGCCAUGACGGGCGCCGGGAUCGACCGCCACCUCUUCUGCCUGUACGUCGUGUCCAAGUACCUGGCCGUGGAGUCCCCGUUCCUGAAGGAAGUCCUGUCCGAGCCGUGGCGGCUGUCCACCAGCCAGACGCCGCAGCAGCAGGUGGAGCUGUUUGACCUGGAGAGGAACCCGGAGUACGUGAGCAGCGGCGGGGGCUUCGGGCCGGUUGCUGACGAUGGGUACGGCGUGUCCUACAUUAUAGUGGGAGAGAACCUCAUCAAUUUCCACAUAUCCUCCAAGUUCUCCUGCCCCGAGACGGAUUCUCAUCGCUUCGGGAAGCACCUGAGACAAGCCAUGACCGACAUUAUCGCCCUCUUUGGGUUCGGCUCCAACUCCAGGAAGUAA